GCACAUUCAUCUUGUCUAAGCUAUUAAGUAUUUUUGACCGGUGCCGCACUUGGUAAAGCAAGACUGCGCUGUCUCCAAAUGCCAAGUAUGUACUAUGACACAGUGGAAGGGAGGGAAGGGAGGGCUGAGCGGUGCGCAUUAGUUCUGUAGAUGUGGGAUACGGAGCAGGAUCUUCAGCAAAACCGGCAGACGUAAGCAGAGAUACUCACAAAGUGUUGCAGACGUGUGGAAGAAGAUGACAGAUGAGGAGGGUUGCAAGCAGUAACUCGCUCGCGGACUUUUGGUUGGAAUGCUGUCCUCGGUGACCAGAGCAAGAGGAACAGGUGCAUUCAAACUUGUGGAGAUGAAUGUGUGGUGCGGCGAUGCACUUUUUUGCCUCACGAGGAUAGAGUGGUUCUACCCAUAAAAAGAAGAACCAACGAGGAAGCCCCCCCGACACCCCCCCGGGGAAAUAUGCAGUAGUUUGGUUAAAAGACGGAAAGUUCUGGAAGUGAAAAAAGACAGCAGGAAGAUCAACAUUUAAUCAGCAAACACGAGAGCCUUCAGUCUGCGUUGGACGGAGCUCAGCCUGUCGUGUAUGUGUCAGCCUGAUCGCGUGAAGCCACGUUGCUGAGGCAUGAACGUGGGAAGGGCCCACCAGCACAGUUUCUUAUCGUGUGAAGAGGAAGGCCUGAGACUGACCGGCAUGCCUGCCGUGGGGAGCUUCGGCAAUGGCAAGAUCCACACCAGACGCCAACGCUACGGCCGCUUCGUCAGCAAGACGGGCCAGUGCAACAUUCACUUCUCAAACAUGGACGACAAGUCGAGUCGUUACAUCUCGGACAUGUUCACCACUUGCGUGGACAUACGCUGGCGCUACAUGUUCCUGAUCUUCAGCCUGGUGUUUGUGGUGUCCUGGCUGAUGUUCGGCCUCGCCUUCUGGGUCAUCGGCCUCCUGCACGGCGACAUGGAGCUUCCCGCCGAGGAUGAAAGUUUCAUUCCGUGCGUCACCAAGGUGAACACCUUCGUGGCCGCUUUUCUGUUCUCCAUCGAGACGCAGACCACCAUCGGGUACGGAGCCCGCUGCGUGACAGAGGAAUGUCCCGCCGCCGUCUUCAUGGUGGUCUUUCAGUCGAUCGUGGGCUGCGUCAUCGACGCCUUCAUGAUUGGUGCCAUUAUGGCGAAGAUGGCGAGGCCUAAAAAGCGAGCAGAGACUCUCCUGUUCAGCCGCAACGCCGUCAUCGCCAUGCGCGACGGAAAGUUGUGCCUCAUGUUUCGGGUGGCCAAUCUGAGAAAAAGCCAUAUCGUGGAAGCUCACGUCCGAGCCCAGAUGGUCAAGCCUCGUUACACGGAGGAAGGCGAGUACAUCCCCCUGGAUCAGAUCGACAUGAACGUCGGCUACGACAGAGGCACCGACCGCCUCUUUCUGGUCGCGCCCAUCACCGUCAUCCACGAGAUCGAUGAAGAAAGUCCUCUGUUCGGCAUCAGCAAACAGGAUCUGGAGACGGCGGACUUUGAGAUUGUCAUCAUACUGGAAGGUUUGGUGGAAGCCACCGCCAUGACGACGCAGGCGCGCAGUUCCUACCUGUCGUCAGAGAUCCUUUGGGGUCACCGAUUUGAGCCGCUCAUCUUUGAGGAGAAGAGCCAGUACAGAAUCGAUUACGCCUUCUUUCACAAGACCUUCGAGGUACCGUCCACCCCGAGGUGCAGCGCCAGGGACAUGGAGGACAGGAAGUUCCCAAGGUCAGGCGCUAACUCCUUUUGCUAUGAGAAUGAGCUGGCUUUCAUCGGCAGGGACGAGGAGGAUGAGGAGGAGGCGGACUUUGACAAAGACGAAGACAGACAGUGUUCCACGGCGCUCCUGGAUGAGCAAAGCACAUCUGAACGUGAUCAGAAAUCAUCCAGUGUAGAAUCGGAGAUUUGAACUUGACAUUUACAGAAAUUCAGUGUAUCACUUUGAAGAGAAAAAUGACUCUAAAGACACUACAAAAAUUAUUUAGAGGAUCGUUGCGUGCAUGACUGAAAAUUGGUAAAAAAAAAAAAAAAGAAAGAAGGGGAGGGGUUGCAAAAAUUGGAGAAUUUCCAAAAUGGAAAACUUAUUUAAUGGGAAUUUAUGUGAAUACUAGGG